GUUGCUGCCGCCGCCGCCGCCGCCGCUCCUGCCCUGCUGCGGGGGAAUCGAUUGCUUCGUUGAGAGAGGCCGGCGGACCGGGAGGGGCCCGGCGUCCCCGGCGCACGGAGCCGGGAGCCUGCCCCGCAGCAUGGCCAGAAAGCCCGCCUCUCCUCCCUGCUCGCCGGGAGCUGGGACCGAGCCCCGCGCUGCGCCCGCUUCUGCCCCUGGGUCUGCGCCGCGCGGGGGGACGCAGCAGCAGAGUUCUGUGUCAGAAGUAAAAGAUUUGCUUUAAAAAGGAAAAAGAAAAAAGAUUACUUCAUCUGAAGUAAAAAUCCAGUGGGGACUCUUCUCAGUUUCCAAGAUGGAGCCCAUAACAUUUACAGCCAAGAAAUACGCAUUUCCCAGUGAGAUCUCGGUGGACUUCAGCCUCCAGCUGGUGGGCUCGUUGCCCGUCCAUUCUCUGACCACCAUGCCCAUGUUGCCCUGGGUAGUAGCAGAGGUCCGAAGAUUCAGUACGGAGCGCCCCAAAAAGGAGCCUGUGGCCAGUCAGGUCCGGCUCUGUGUCUCUCCUGCCUUCCUGAAGUGUGAGCCCGACCCAGGGAAGAGUCAGCAGUGGGACCCGCUGAUCUGUUCCAGCAUUUUUGAAUAUAAGCCCCAACAGGUCCACAAACUGAUUCAUAACAGCCAGGACCCAAGUUACUUUGCUUGUCUGAUUAAGGAAGAUGCGGCGAGUCAGCAGAGCAUCUGCUACGUUUUCAAGGCUGAUGAUCAAACCAAAGUGCCUGAGAUCAUUAGCUCCAUUAGACAAGCUGGGAAGAUUGCUCGCCAGGAAGAAUUUCACUCUCAAUCCGAAUUCGAUGACACUUUUGCCAAAAAGUUUGAAGUGCUGUUCUGUGGACGAGUGACGGUGGCCCACAAAAAGGCCCCUCCGGCACUCAUUGAUGAAUGUAUCGAGAAAUUUAACCAUGUCAGCUGCAGCAGAAAGGCAGAGCUGGACCUGCCAUCCCAGAACUCUGCAGCUCCAAAUACUCUCGGAGGGUUUUCCCUCACCGAUAAGUUCCGCUCUGUCUUCCAACCAGGGGGCAACGUGGAACAGGAGCGAAAACCCAUGAGGAAAUCUUUGUCUCAACCCGGACUGCGUUCUUUGGCUUUCAGGAAGGAAUUUCAGGAUGCGGGCCACAGAAGCAGUAGCUUUUUUGGUGGCUCUUUUGAGGAAAAUGACAUUCAGAGCCAUCUCAUAAGUGGGCACAAUAUCGUGCAACCUACGGACAUUGAAGAGAAUCGGACUAUGUUAUUCACGAUUGGCCAGUCAGAAGUUUACCUCAUCAGUCCUGACACCAAAAAAAUAGCAUUGGAGAAAAACUUUAAGGAGAUUUCCUUUUGCUCUCAGGGAAUUCGACACGUGGAUCACUUUGGAUUUAUCUGCAGAGAGUCUUCGGAAAACGGAGGUUUUCAUUUUGUUUGCUACGUUUUUCAGUGUACAAAUGAAGCCUUGGUCGAUGAGAUCAUGAUGACUCUGAAGCAGGCUUUCACUGUAGCCGCGGUGCAGCAGACGUCCCGGACGCCAGCACAGCAGUGUGAGGGCUGCCCCCUGCAGGGUCUGCAUAGGCUCUGCGAGAAGAUCGAAGGAAUGUCUUCUUCCAAAACUAAGCUGGAGCUCCAGAAGCACCUCACAACACUAAGUAAUCAAGAACAAGCAGCCAUUUUUGAGGAAGUUCAGAAAAUAAGACCAAGAAAUGAGCAAAAGGAGAAUGAACUGGUUAUUUCUUUCCUGAGGUGCUUAUAUGAAGAAAAGCAAAAAGACCACAUUCAUAUUGGGGAAGGAAAGCAGACAUCACAGAUUGCAGCGGAGACUGUCCGAAAUGAAUUGCCGAGUAGUGCCACUCGGUUUAGGCUUGACAUGCUGAAAAGUAAAGCAAAGAGGUCGUUGACUGAAUCCUUAGAAAGUAUAUUAUCCCGGGGCAGUAAAGCUAGAGGGUUGCCGGAGCCUUCUGGGAGUGUGGAUCUGGACAGCUCGGGGUCGAGUACAUUCAGCAACAUCAGUAAAGAGCUGUCUAUGGCUGAAAAAGAGACUCUUCCGCUCCCAGAAGGUUCCUUCCAGCAUCUGGGAUCCUCGGUCGACCUGUCCAGCGACUCCGAGAGCCCCUUGACCGAAGAGGCAGCCGAGCCGUCCCCCCGGCAGGACUUUCGCAGGCGGGCCAACACCCUGAGUCACUACCCUCUGGAGGCCCAGGUGUCCCCAGAGCCCCCUGAGGCGUCCCCGGGGGCUGCCCAGAGGAGACUUAUGAGGUACCACUCAGUGGGCACAGAGACUCCUCAUGAACCAAACUUGAACCCACCUGUUGACGAAUCUAAAAGCUGUUCAGGUCAGUCUUCGGCUCCUGCUGUCCCACCUCCUCGUCUUAAUCCCUCAGCCUCCUCACCCAAUUUUUUUAAAUGCCUAAAACAUAAUUCAAGUGGAGAACAGAGUGGGAAUGCUGUGCCAAAGAGCAUCUCCUAUCGCAAUGCCCUGCGGAAAAAACUUCAUUCUUCUUCCUCUGUGCCAAAUUUUCUCAAAUUUUUGGCUCCUGUAGAUGAAAAUAACACAUCUGACUUUAGGAACACAAAAAGGGACUACGAGUCCAAGACACAGCACCAUGACAAUAGCAGUGAGAGUCCCCUGAAGACCCGGCGGCACUCAUGGAGACAGCAGAUCUUCCUCCGGGUGGCGACGCCACAGAAAGGCUGCGAUUCUCCCAGCAGAUAUGAAGAUUAUUCAGAACUGGGAGAUCUUCCUCCUCGUUCCCCAUUGGAGCCAGUUUGUGAAGAUGGUCCCUUUGGUCCUGUCAUAGAGGAGAAGAAACGAACGUCUCGAGAACUCCGAGAGUUGUGGAAGAAGGCCAUUUUACAACAGAUUCUGCUGCUCAGGAUGGAGAAGGAAAACCAGAAAUUGCAAGCUUCUGAAAAUGAUUUACAAAAUAAACGCUUGAAGCUUGAUUAUGAGGAAAUCACUCCCUGUCUUAAAGAUGUAACUUCAGUAUGGGAAAAAAUGUUAAGUACACCAGGAAGGUCAAAGAUUAAAUUUGACAUGGAAAAAAUGCAUUCUGCUGUUGGACAAGGAGUGCCUCGUCAUCACCGUGGUGAAAUAUGGAAGUUCUUGGCCGAGCAGUAUCACCUGAAACACCAGUAUCCGAGCAGUAAACAGCAGCCAAAGGAUAUUCCAUAUAAAGAACUCUUAAAGCAACUCACUUCCCACCAGCAUGCAAUUCUCAUUGACCUAGGUCGGACAUUUCCAACACAUCCAUACUUUUCGGCACAGCUGGGAGCCGGGCAACUGUCGCUCUAUAAUAUUCUGAAGGCCUAUUCGCUACUAGACCAGGAGGUCGGCUAUUGCCAGGGUCUGAGCUUUGUAGCAGGUGUUCUGCUCCUUCAUAUGAGUGAAGAGGAUGCAUUUAAAAUGUUGAAGUUUUUAAUGUUUGACAUGGGGCUCCGGAAACAGUAUCGACCAGACAUGAUUAUUUUACAGAUCCAGAUGUACCAGCUCUCCAGGCUUCUCCACGAUUACCACAGAGAUCUCUACAAUCACCUGGAGGAGCAUGAGAUCUGCCCCAGCCUCUACGCCGCCCCCUGGUUCCUUACCAUGUUUGCAUCCCAGUUCCCGCUGGGAUUUGUAGCCAGAGUCUUUGAUAUGCUCUUUCUUCAGGGAUCAGAGGUCAUAUUUAAAGUGGCUUUAAGUCUUCUAGGAAGCCAUAAACCCUUGAUUCUGCAACACGAAAACUUAGAAAAUAUAGUAGAAUUUAUUAAAAAUACACUACCGAACCUGGGCUUGGUGCAAAUGGAAAAGACCAUAAAUCAGGUGUUUGAGAUGGACAUCUCCAGGCAGUUACAGGCCUAUGAAGUGGAAUACCACGUGCUUCAGGAUGAACUGAUCGAUUCAUCUCCACUCAGUGACAACCAAAGAAUGGACAAAUUGGAAAAGACCAACAGCAGCUUGCGAAAACAGAACCUUGACCUCUUGGAAGAACUACAGGUGGCAAACGGGAGGAUCCACAGCCUCGAAGCCACAAUUGAGAUUCUCCUGGCCAGCGAGGACAAACUGAAGCAGACGGCCUUGGCUUUGGAACUGGAAAGGGCUGCCCUUCUGCAGACGGUGGAGAAGCUGCAGAAAAAGGCGGCCGAGCUGGGCAAUGGCGAUCCCGGGCUAGCCGAGCCAGAGCUCCCACAAGACAACUAACGGCCGGCUGCCCUUAGGGACUGGACGAACUCCCCCCACGGGAAGGGAUAAGGGAAGGCCACCCGGGCACCGGCCCCGGGAGGACUCGGGCACCGUCUGCACGACUGGCCCGGCCGAAGCCGAGGGAGGCAGACGGAGGAGCGGGAUGUGACUAAGGAGAAAGUGCUUCUCAGGGAGGAAACUCUUGCUUUUGUUAUCAUGGGAAGUCUUCUGACCUAAAACAAAUGCAAUUAAAAAGUUGGGCGGAGGGAGAGAUCUUCAAUUACUUUUUUUUUCUUCUUAGUCCCUAAAUCUAUCCCCCUCCGUGCCGGUUACUAUACUAUAUUUAGAUAGCCCUUUGAUAUGAAUAAAUGCACUUUUAUGUUAUGCUGUAUUCCUGCUUUGUACUUCAGUACCUCAUGCAGAAGAAGAUGCAAAAUACUGAGGUUUUUCCAAAGCAUGAUGGGAUGGAGGGGCCUCCUUUGGCAGGGACCGGGUGGGGCAGCUCCUAAAAAGUCUUUUCUCCGGUCAUUCCCUUGGCCAUUACUCCUGGCCUUCUCCUGGUCCCGAGCACAGCUGGGGCACUCUUCCUCCUGUUAUAAAUGACAGAACCACCGGAGGUGGCCGAGGUCAUUUGUGAAACUCCAGAAUCUUAGGCUUAAUUGUUAACCUUUUGUGUUUUGGGGGAGGGGUUGCCUAUUUUAUUAUUUUUUUUUAUAAACAUUUUGUUAAAGGGUUUUCAUCAUUGUUAUUGACUGUUAAUCCCCUAUCCCUUUAGUACUUCUGACCAAGGUAGAUGAUGAAUGUUUCAUGGAAACGAUAUAAUUUUAGACUCUGCCAAAUAUUUCUGACUUUGCCAAAUGUCUGUGACAUUUACAGCUUUAUAGUGAGUUUAUAUCCAUAUUGUAAAGUGUCAUUUAUUUAUUUAUGCGUGACUGCGUCAUGUGGUACAGCUUCACGCCUAUCUUGUGUCCAUCCCAUUCCUUGGAAGACAGUAUUUUCAGACACAAUAGGGAAUUUAUUGCCUUUUAAAUGGGUCACAAUUAAAAUAAUUUAACAGCCCCUUAAGAUUUACAAAGCACUUUCCCAUAUAAUUGUCCCGUUAGGUAGAUGACAUGAAUUUGUUUCCAUUUUAAAGAUUUUCCCAUUGUUACAGAACUAGUGAUCUUCGGAUGGGGACUUGAACUGAAUACUCCCGACUACGAGUAUGGUAUAACUUGCCACCAUAUUUUCUGACUCCACUCCCUGCCCUUCUCCUCCUCCAGCUUCCCUCGUAAAAUGAAAUUUAAAGGAGGAUCGCCUUCCUUAAAAUACACCUUUCAACUUCAUCUUUUUGUUGCAAUGGACUCCUUCAUGUUGCAAAUAUAAUUCUCAGGAUAAAAAUAUACUUUGUGCAAAAAUAAUUGCCCAGAAAACAUGAUUAUUUUAACGUCAUGUAGGAUCUUCCAACGACUCAUCUUAAAAAAAAAAUUGACUAUAAGCGCUGAGUUUAGGGAAGGAGAGGAAGUUUAAAUCAAUUCCCUUUUUUGUUUGAAUUUAAUCACUUCCGGUCCUUUCAUUUUGAAAGCACACCACAUCCCUCUUAUGCCAGAGAGACGUCCUCCUGCCUCUCACUGGGUCAGGAACCUGUAGAGAAGAAAACCCUGAGUGCAGACAUUGCAUCGGGGCCAUUCCAUCCUCCCAAGAAAACUCCCAGGGGUCUUUCCCAUUGAGAGCUUCUUUGCCCUCCAUUCACAUUACACUCUGAAUGUAAAAUCGAGUCAUUUUGGUCCCCCACUGCUCUACUAAAAGGUUGGUUCUAGGUUAUGGAAGCAAUAAAGCAGUGACCCGUCCUUACCGGUA